UCUUUUGAAAAUAUUUGUUCAGAUGAUGCUUUAUCAAAGGAAAACAUGGUUGUCUCUGAGACAGAAAUUUUACUUAAAGAGCUGGAACAAAUGCUACAGCAAGCAUUAGAGCCCACAACACGUGAUGAGUCUGAAGAGGAAUGUGAAGAGGAAAUAAACAUGGAAGAAAAGUUAUCUAAAUGCACUCCUGAAGCUCCUGUAGGCAGCCCAUUUGGAAACCACUAUGAAGAGGACUAUCUUGUAAUUGAUGGGAUAAAAUUAAAAGCUGGAGAAUGUAUUGAAAAUAUAACUGAUAAGUUUAAAGAAAUAGAUGCUUUGAUGUCUGAAAUUUAGAUGUCUAUAGAUAUUUUCAAAAGUUAAUUAUAAUACCUGUACAUCUUCAUAUUUUUCCAAAGUCAAAAACUUAAAAUUUUUUAGUGAAAGAGGUUAUAUCUGUAUAUAUACCAAAGUUGAUAUUUAUAAUAACUUUCUACUUUGUAUUUUAAGGAUAUCUAUUGUUUUGAAACCUAAUCAAAUGAUAUUGAUGUUAGUGUUAAAAAAGUUAGAAUUGAAGAAAUCCUGACAUUUGCAAUUGUUGACGUUUUAAUGGUUUGUGAAAUUUACUGCACAAACACAUGCUUUACAAUGAUUACUUCUUAGACCCUUUAUUAAAAUGUAGCUAACUAUUAAAAUGGCUACCGGGCUAUAAUAAUUCUUAGAGAUAAUUCAGAUCUAAUAUACCUAGAGAAUGUGUAUUUGUAGUGGAAUUAAGCUAUUACAACAUAAAAGGAAACAAUAAAAAUGGGUUGUAUAAUAGAGUUGGAGCUUUUCUUAAAAAACUAAAA